UAAAAGAAAGUUGCCAUUACAAAGGCUCUUUCAUCCAAGGAUGUAUUUUUGCUGCAUGGACCUCCUGGAACGGGGAAGACAACCACCGUUAUUGAGAUUAUCUUGCAAGAAGUGAAACGAGGAUCCAAAAUUCUUGCUUGUGCUGCUUCAAACAUUGCUGUUGAUAACAUUGUUGAGCGGCUUGUUCCUCACAAGGUGAAGUUGGUGAGAGUGGGGCAUCCUGCUCGCUUACUCCCUCAAGUAUUGGACAGUGCACUUGAUGCUCAGGUUCUUCGUGGUGAUAACAGUGCACUUGCGAAUGAUAUCCGCAAAGAGAUGAAGGCUUUAAAUGGGAAAUUGCUAAAAGCCAAAGAUAAAAACAUAAAGAGAGAGAUAAGGAGAGAGCUCAAAACUCUUUCCAAAGAAGAGCGUAAAAGGCAACAACUGGCGGUGACCGACGUAAUCAAGAAUGCAGAAGUGGUAUUAACAACCUUAACUGGCGCAUUGACCCACAAGUUGGAAAACACUUCAUUUGAUGUUGUUAUAAUUGAUGAAGCUGCCCAGGCACUUGAAAUAGCAUGCUGGAUUGCCCUGCUCAAGGGUUCAAGGUGUAUAUUAGCUGGAGAUCACCUCCAGCUUCCUCCAACCAUUCAAAGCGUUGAGGCAGAGAAGAAAGGACUGGGAAGAACACUGUUUGAACGUAUUGCAGACUUGUAUAGUGACGAUGUCAUGUCUAUGCUCACAGUCCAAUAUCGUAUGCACGAACUUAUAAUGAACUGGUCAUCCAAAGAGCUUUAUGACAGUAAGAUUGAAGCACAUGCAAGUGUUGCUAAACAUAUGCUUUAUGACCUUGAUGAUGUGAAGAUGUCAUCUUCAACCGAGCCAACUCUAGUCCUCAUAGACAUUGCUGGUUGUGACAUGGAGGAGAAAAAAGAUGAGGAGGAUAGCACAAUGAAUGAAGGUGAAGCGUUGGUUGCCAUUACUCAUGCAAAAAGGCUUGUCCAAAGCGGGGUGCGAGCUUCUGAUAUUGGAGUAAUCACACCUUAUGCAGCACAGGUUCUGCUGUUGAAAGUGUUAAGAAGCAAGGAAGACAAGUUAAAAGAUAUGGAGAUUUCAACUGUUGAUGGUUUCCAAGGCCGAGAGAAAGAAGCCAUCAUCAUUUCAAUGGUGCGGUCAAACUCAAAGCAAGAGGUUGGAUUUUUGAGUGAUCGUAGGAGAAUGAAUGUUGCUGUGACACGAGCAAGAAGACAUUGCUGUCUUGUCUGCGACACUGAGACUGUCAGCAGUGAUGCGUUUUUGAAGCGUUUGGUUGAGUACUUUGAGGAGCAUGGAGAAUAUUUAAGUGCUUCAGAAUAUGCAAAUGAAUGACACACUUAAUAAUUUAACCAUGCUUCGAACCCGAGUAGCUUCAUGUAUAAGUAAUUCAUUCUUUUAUGAUGCUGAUCUAUUAUCAAUGCCAUAUAUACACUCCAAUUUCACAUUUUGAUGCAAAUUUUGAACUGAUGGUUCUCAAUGCAUUUCAUUUAUGAGUAAAUAAUAUUGUUGGUUCCAUGCUGGAAAAAUAGGCAUAGUUUCUUUGUGUAUGCAUGCAAGUAUGUGGCAAAGCAGAUCAAUUGAACUUGUAAAAACCUUUGUGUGUGAGAGCUUCUAUUCCUUUAUCGAAUUCUAGAAUCAAAACCCAGUUGAAAGCCAGAAUUCUUGGCAGUUAUGCAGAUCUAGACGUACUUGACCUGUAUAGAUUGUUGACGAAGGAUCACUGCCGAUCAGUUUUGUCCACUGUAAUGAUAUUGUUGUCUCCAAACAUAGCUUCCGGCUCCGGGAAAUAACUAAACAAGUGAUCC